GAAGCGGCCAUAAUCGUUGCAAGCUCUGUUUUGUUUUGUUUUGUGUUCGUAUUUAAAGAGUGAAAUUUUGAAAGAAAAGUUCAAAAUGCAGCCCAACGAACACCUAAGAAAAUUGAUCAAAAUUUUCAUAUUUGCAUUCUUGUGCACCGAAAUGCAAACAACGUUCACAGGUCGCGAGCAGACACAGCAACGCAGCAUUGGAGGAUAUUUUAAAAAAACAACAAGAGCCAAUGAAUUGGCAUCGACUGCGCCAUAUCAGGCCUCUAUACGGCUAAUAGAAGCGGAACGUGAUUACUUUGGCAAAGGACAUAUAUGCUCCGGUGCUUUAGUUGCACCCUCUGUGGUGCUUACGGUUGGCCGCUGUGUAUACAACUACGAAAAUCGGAAGGCUUAUCAUCCCGCCGAGCUGCGCGUCAUGCUGGGCAGUACUCUGCGUUUUGCGCCCACAGUGCACACAUCGCUCUUUGGAGUAACGCAUAUCUAUCGUACCUCCGAUAUAGCUGUUCUCAUGCUGGAACGUGAUGUGACCAUUGUUAAGGGCAUUGUGCAGCCCCUUCAAUUGCCUGAGGCGAGCAUGCCGGAGCCUUGGCACAGUUACACUUAUAACAUUAGUACCUGGGGAGUGAACUCGGAAGGAAACGAAUUGCACGAGUUAGUUACGUACACAGCCAAAACAAUCAAUUGCGAUGACAAGCAGGCAGAUCAGGUAACGAUUUGUCUGGUGAAGAAUUCAGAUAUGAUAAGAUCCCAGGAUGUUGGAGCCCCAUUAUUAAAAGAAAAUUGUUUGCUGGGCCUGCGCAGGGAGGAGGACAGUUUUGUGGAUGUCGCGCUGUAUGUGGAUUGGAUUGAGGAGCAAAUUGGUGAUGGAUCGAAUCAGAAUAGCGCAAUAUGGGGCAUCUUGGGAUUCCUGGCCUUCACCGCCCAUGUGCUUAACUGCAGCUGCAAGAAUCGCCUCUAUUGAGGCAAGAAAAUGGGGAAUGUGGGGACAAUGGAGAAAAGCCCUAUUGUUAAUAUUUAAAUUUUGAAAUGUGAUAAUCUCCUAAAACUUAAGAUACAUAUUAUUGCUUUAUUUUGAUCGAAAUUACUGUUUCAGUGAUACACAUUAUUUUUUUAUAAAUACACAUUCAUUAAUAUAUUUUUGAAGCAGCAAUACAACUGCAAUUUUAAAUAUA